AAUUCGAGCCCCAAAACAAGCUUUGAACACUAUCCAUCUCAUUACUCUUUGACGAGUUCCAAAAUCCCAAUUGACUACUCCCGGUACACUCCGACACACUACCCAAAAACCAAGAAGAGUCUGCCCACUGCAAGAAGUAAAGAAAAUGGUUUAUACGAUUGUCGUGCAUCUGUACGCCAAGGAAGACGCGGAGAGCAUCAGCAAGCUCAGCGCGAAACUGGUAGAAGCAAGCCAAGUCUACAGCAAAGACCAGGAAACGCUCAGUUGGUUCGUGAUGCAAGACGUGUCGGAUAAGCGCAAAUUCACCAUUGUCGAGCGGUACUUGCAGGAGUCUAGCCAGAAAUACCACUUGGAGAACCCUUACUGGAAGACGUUUGAUCCCUAUGUGCUUCCUCUGCUGGAGAAGCCGAUGGAUUUGAGGAGGUUGGAGGAGCUGGAUACGACUGUUGCGAGUGCUGGGGCGCAUUACCAUGAGGAUGCUGUUAGGCAGGAGACUAGUGUGGGGACUAUGUAUCAGGGGGCUGCGUGAGGAGGGGGGUGGAGAUGGAGACUUGGGAAAGGGAACUUUGUGUGUAUAUAUGAGAAGCGGGGGUAUCUAACUAUUAUGCCUUACGGUUUCAACGGUAAACUCCAAGGGCCAGGAGUGAAAAACUAAGUUGGCAUUUCUUGAUUUCAUGCCCACUUAUGGUGUGAUGAUAUGAAGACAGGUAUAUCCUUGGUGAUACAUGACGGCCGUACUAAGGCUACCGCCAAUGGUAUAAUUGUACAAUCUUGGGGAUGUUACAUUGUGAUAUCCAUUUCCUCGAUUCGUUACUCGUACCUAUUUUUCUAAACCCCAUUGCUCGUGAUUCUUUGUCCAAAAAAGGACAACAAUACUCCCGACGCCUGACUAUACUCCAUGAUUUCACAAAAGAAUCC